UUAUUGAGUUCACUUUGCAUGCAGCAGCUGAAAUGGUGGAAGCAAAAGGGUUGAAGAUAUUUGAAGUUGGGCCCUGUGAAGAUGCAUACAGAAUGGGCUUCCUGAUAGGCCAGAGGUUUUCGAACCAGAUAAAGAGCAGGUUGGCCAGUGACCUCAUUCUUCAAAACCAGCUCCUCCCUUUUGCUCAAACCCCAGUGGCACAGCAACUUCUCCAAUCUCUCACUGAAAAUAACAGAAACAAGUUUCCAAGAUAUUGGGAGGAGCUCAUAGGAACAGCAGAGGGAAGUGGUGUGCCAGUUCUUCAUAUUAUACUAAUCAACUUCAGGAAGGAGAUUCUUGCAUUUCUUCCUAAGACGGCGAUAAACCCGGGAAUCGAUACCCCGGAUGACUGUUCUGAUGUUCUUGUUGCUAGUGAGUCCAUGGCAGUUGUGGCACACAAUGAAGAUGCAAAUGUUGCUUUGGUUGGCCACACCUAUUUGAUAAAGGGAACUCUGCUAAAUGGGCUAUCGUUCAUUGCUUAUACUUAUGCAGGGGAGCUCCCUAGCUGUGCAUUUGGGCUCAACAGUCAUGGACUGGCUUUUACGCUGAAUUCAGUACCCCCUUCUGAAAGUGAGAUUGUUGCUGGAGGCAUAGGGAGGAACUUCAUCUCACGAGACCUCCUCGAAGCAGCAAGCAUUGAUGACGCAUUAUGCAGAAUCAAAUCAUCAGAAGUUUCCAUUGGACAUAGUUACAAUCUGAUUGAGACUAGGACACGCAAAAUUUCGAAUGUAGAAACUGCAUCAAGAAACCGGGUUUCAGUUUAUGAGGUCGGUGCAACACCAUUCUUCCAUGCAAACAUGUAUCUCCAUCUGCAGGUUGAUCAGGUACAAGAUGAGAACUCAAAAACAAGGCAAAGCAAAGCGGCUGUGCUACCUAAAAGAACCAAAGAAGAUUUCCUAUCACUUCUAGGAGAUACAGAUGACCCAAAGUACCCCAUCUACAUGAUAGGUCCAUUGCUUUACACUCUGUGCACAGCUGUGAUUGAUUUGGAUGAACAAACACUGUCGAUUGUCGAAGGGAACCCAAGAAAAGAAGAAAUCUCUCACAUCUUCUCUCUGUGUUCAAAAGAUUUCAAAAUGCCAUAA